AUGAUACUCAGGCCUAAUAAAGCAACAGUGUAUCGAAAACUACUCCCAAUCAAUGGGACUCUGCAAUCUCAGGGAUUCUGCUUGAGGCAUUCCGGACUCAUGAAAUCCCUCUCUUCCUCAUUUGAUUCUUCCCCUCGCUCAUAUCAACCAUUGCCUAAAUCAGCCGGAAAAGAGUUUAACCCACGUCGGCAAAAACCAGCCUCGGAAAACCAAAAUCCUUCAUCAUCCCAGAUUGGGUCCAUUUAGCUCAAACUUUAUGUCGACAUCACUACCUUUUAUGAUCUUGAUAAAGAGUUGGGGAGAGGUCAGUUCGGUAUUACUUAUCUCUGCACUGAGAAGCAACGGGAGAAAAUACACCUGCAGUCAGCUUCAAGGCGUACUACUUCUGACAAAGAUAUAAAGGAUGCUAGAAGAGAGAUUUUGAUACUUCAGCAUCUAACGGGGCAACCAAAUAUUGUUGAGUUCAAAGGUGCUUAUGAAGAUAGGCAUAAUCUGCACUUGGUGAUGGAGUUGUGUUCAGGUGGCGAGCUUUUCGAUCGGAUUAAAGCUAAAGGGACUAAUUCAGAACGGCAAGCGGCUUCAAUCGGUAGGCAGAUUGUGAAAGUGGUGCAUGACUGUCAUUUUAUGGGGGUUAUGCAUAGAGACUUGAAGCCUGAGUAUGAGAAUUCUCCAAUAAAGCCCAAUGGUUUUGGACUCUCUGUCUUCAUCGAGGAAGGAAAAUUGUACAAGGACCUUGUUGGAAGUGCAUACUAUGUUGCACCGGAGGUGUUAAAUCGGAAAUAUGGCAAGGAGAUAGAUGUGUGGAGCGCUGGAGUCAUUUUAUACAUUCUUCUUAGUGGAGUGCCUCCAUUUUGGGGUGAGACUGAGAAAGAAAUCUUUAAAGCAGUUUUAGAAGGUAAUCUUGACUUAAAAAGCCAGCCAUGGCCAUCUAUAUCUGAUGGUGCCAAGGACCUCCUAAGGAAGAUGCUAGCAAGGGACCCUAAGAACCGGAUUACAGCUGCCCAAGCUCUAGAACAUCCUUGGAUUAAGGAGGGUGGUGAUGCAUCUGACAAACCUAUGGAUAGUGCUGUUCUUAGCAGGUUGAGGCAGUUCAGAGUAAUGAACAAGCUCAAAAAACUUGCCUUAAAGGUGAUAGCAGAAACCCUAUCAUCAGAAGAAGAGGUCAAGGGCUUGAAACAGAUGUUCAACAACAUUGACACUGAUGGCAGUGGUACGAUAACACUUGAAGAACUCAGGGUUGGAUUAGCUCGAUUGGGAUCUAAGCUAACUGAAGCAGAAAUACAGCAGCUUAUGGAUGCCGCUGAUGUCGACAAGAGUGGAAGCAUUGAUUACAUUGAAUUCAUCACUGCUACAAUGCCUCGACAUAGGCUGGAGAGGGAAGAUAACAUAUACAUGGCUUUCCAAUUCUUUGACAAGGAUAACAGUGGCUUUAUCACAAGAGAUGAAUUAAGACAAGCUAUGACUGAGUACGGAAUGGGAGAUGAGGCUACAAUAGAUGAAGUCAUUGAGGAUGUGGAUACUGAUAAUGAUGGAAGAAUCAACUAUGAGGAAUUUCUAGCCAUGAUGAAAAGGGGAACUCAAGAUGGGGACAGUUGAGUAACUGCUUGCACCAUGAAUAAACUAAACAGGGCCAGAGCAAAUUAGAAUCAUCUGCACGAACAUUCCCAUUGUUUAACUCAUCCAGAAGCUUGGCUGGCUCUUUCUAUCUUCAAAUACCAAUUCCCCACACAAUCCUGCAAAUGUGGUUGUGAAUAAACUCAUUCCGUGUAGUUUUAAAUUCUGUUUGUUUUGUAUAAAUAUGCCCAUCUCAGUUCUGUGCAAUGUUUGUGUUCUGUGUGUACAAAAGAGGAAACAGAAUUGGAAUUGCAUUCUAAUCUCUCUCUGUCUCAGAGAUUAUUCUGCUAAAAUUUGCUUUUGGGAUUGGACAAUGAAACUACCUUUGUUGAUACUAUC